AAAAAAAAACAGAAAUUUAGAAAUUAAUCCUAAUAAUUCAGGGAAAAUUAAAUAGAAGACCAUGUAAGAAAAAGGUCAACUUUGGGAGGGAGGCGGGGCAAGGCGAGGCGGUGCAGCCGUGGCAAUGACGAAGAAAAAGCAUUAAAUUCCAAUAAGUAAAGCUUUGGGCUUGGUUUAAUUUUGACCGCAAUAACUUUAUCCUUACCGUCACCCAUCGUUAUCCUCAAUGAGGCUGACAAAAGUGGAGUGAAGCAGAGAGAUCCUCAAUCAUCGUCAUCCUUUAAUAGAUGUGUCAUGCAUUGGAAAAUAGAAUCUAGGUUAUAGACGUAGACAUACCCCCAAAAGUCUGGAGAGAAAACGACACAAAAACACCAGUGUGAUCGAACCAUGUGCCACAUUCAUAUUUGUUAACAAUUUUUAUAUUACUCCUUCAGUUUGGAAUACAGUAAACAGAUAAGCUCGGGGGUUGGGUUAGGUUCUUCCUUACAAGAACUUCACCUUUUCUUUGUUUGUAUAUUUAUAAUUUUAACACUUUUGAGUCAAAGCAAUAAUUAGCGAGAAUCUUUUAGCGUCUUAUUCUUUCUUUUCUUUCUGGGUUCUUGAGUUUAAAAUUCAAGGAUAAGAUAAUAAACACUUCAAAAUCCCAACUGGGUCUCUAAGGAAGCUAGAGGAAAGUGAAGAUGUUGGAAGGAAAAGCCUUGAUCGAGGACACUGACAUGCCUGUUAAGAUGCAGAUACAAGCCAUGGCUGCUGCUUCUCAAGCUCUAGAUAUCUUUGAUGUUUUUGACUGCAGAUCUAUAGCUGCCCACAUAAAAAAGGAGUUUGAUAAGAGAUAUGGGUCUGGUUGGCAAUGUGUGGUGGGCUCAAACUUUGGGUGUUUCUUCACUCAUAACAAGGGAACUUUCAUCUAUUUUACCCUGGAGACUCUUAGCUUUCUCAUCUUCAGGGGAGCUUCUUCCUCUUCGUGACGCCAAGGUGAAGGUUUUUCUACAGCUAAGGAAGUUCGAGAGAAAGGCAGAGAGGGGCAAGAGAAACAGCACCAUACAGUUUUUUUUCUUAACUGGUUGGUCAAUGGGGAGACAAAAUGUUCCAGACAAUUGACGGUGGUUUCGGUUUCGUCCAUAUGUGAAGAGGUGACUGUUUGUAUGCGGUCUUUAAUAAGGACCCCAAAGUUGCCUUGCUUUGAUGAUGCUGGGACCUCCAGGCUGAGCUUUUGUUGAGAUUUCCUUCGAAAUUUUCAUAUGCGGCGGGACUUCUCUUGUCCCUCGCUCCUAGGACUACUAACUCCUCUCUGCUCUUUAGCUUCCUAGCUGGUUUUUAUGACCAUAAUGUUUUAGGUCUUAUUUCUUCGGAUAUUUUGUAAUAACUUUGAAUAGCUUACUUGCUCUGUUUUUAGUGCCUUUGUUUGGGGGUGCUUCGUCACCUGCCUGCCUUUGUUUGUAUCUUUCUGGAUCCUUAUCUUAUCUAAUAAUUUUAUGCC